ACUGACUAACUGACUAACUGACUAACUGACUAACUGACUAACUGACUAACUGACUAACUGACUGACUAACUGAGUACCUUACGAUUUACUGUGAUUUUUAGUUGACAAUAUUUAAUUAAUUUUGUAUUAAUUUUUCAGUUGUCAAAAGCAGCAGAUGGCACUAUUCAACACUUUCAGGAUUUUAACAACUCUGAAAAAUUGGAAGAUAAAAAACAGAGCAACAAUUAAAUACUCAACAAACUGCGCAACAACUAUUUGGUCAACAAUCACAAGAGGAACAAAUAAAUCAACAACAACAAUUACAACUACAACUCCAACAACUUCAACAACAACAACAUCAAGAUUUUCAACAGCAACAACAGGAUCUAAAACAAAAAAUGCAACUUUUGGAACAAAAAGAAAGAGAUUUUAAAGAGAGACAGCAGAUUUUAGUCGAGAGACAAAGAGAAAUGGAUGAUCGCGAAUCGGAUUUGAAUCAAAGAGAGAUGAAAAUAGGCGAAAAAGAAUGUGUAUUAAAUGGUAAUAUAAGAAACCUUCAGGAACAAAAUCAACAAAUUAAACAUAAACAACGACAACUUCAGGAUCAAGAACAAGAAAUUAAACAAAAACAACAAUCAAUUCAUAAGCAGCAGCAGGAAAUCGAAAAACUACAACAACAAUUACAAGAAAGAGAAAAAGAAGUAGAUCAACAAGAACAAGACAAUUUACAAUCACACCCAAAUUACAAGGAAUUACACGAAUUAAACUUACAAAACACACACUUGCAAGAACUCGUGGAACAGCACUCCAAAUUCUUGCAAGAGUACACAAACAAACUUUCAACAUUACAAAAACAAUUACAACCACCUCAACAACAAAAAACAAAAAAAGAAAAUUACGAAAAUCAGGAAAACGAAAUUGACCCAGAACUACUAUGUCAGAAUAAAAAAGAAAAGCAGCUUCAAAAACCGAAUCAACACAAAAAGCGAAAAUAUCAUCAGGGACAGCAGAUCCAAGGAACUUCCUUCAGCCAACAAUAUUAACCCGUUACAUUAGCUCCAUCUACAUUUCCAGCCAUAUAUCAACAGCAACUUCCUCAACAACCCUAUCUCAUCACCCAACCACACGUCCAGAGUUUUGUUCCACAAAUACCAUCUCCUAUCAAUUUAUUUGUAAGCUUUUAUUUCACUUCUUUAGACAAUAAGCAUUCACCUAUAAAUUAACACAUAUAUAUCCAAAGCACAUGCACACAAAACUC